AUGGAGGGUCAACUGCUGGCAACAUCGCGUCCCUAUCUGCAGCUCUUCUCGCUGCUCACGUUGACACCGCCGCCCAGCAGCUUUGGCAUGAGUUUACUCAGCUGGCAGCGGAAGAUCUUGCUGUCGAUCUUCUGCCUCUACAGCUGCUGCAUUCUGCUGCUCUCAGUCUGGGUGACGUUCAUCAAUGUGGUUAUACUUGCGAUUGAGGUGCAAACCUUGGAGGUGACGGACUUCACCAACGCCUUGGGUCUAGUGCAGAAGAUCUUCUACACGCUGCUGAUGGCCACCAACUAUGUUUACAUGUUCAUCUACUACGACAGAUUGGGAGACAUCUACAGAGAAAUAGCAGCACUCGAGCAAGACAUCGAUGGCACGUUUCAAUCCUUUGGCAGCAAGUGCAAGCAGCCCAAUUUCCGCAUGUAUAUGUUCAAACGCAUCGGACUGUGGACCAUAUUUAUUGUGCUCGUCUUGCCACGUCUCACAAUUCCUGUGCUCACGGACUUUAUGAGUUGGCGCGAUAGAAUUCUCACCGAGCUUAUCAUAAUUGUGCUGGAAUUCAAGAAUAUUGAGUACACGUUGUAUGUGUUCUUAAUAAGGGAAUUGCUUCGCAGACUGCGGCAUAAAUUGCUGCAACUGCAGCGAGAGCUGAGCAACUGCGAACAGCGUGCUUUGCUCCAGGCGCUGUGCCUGGCCAUGAGACGCAACAAGCAGCUGCUGGGACGCAUCUGGCUGCUUGUGGGACAACUCGAGGGUUACUUUCUACUCCCCAUGCUGCUGAUCUUUCUCUAUAAUGGAGUUUGCGUGCUGCACAUUGUCAACUGGGCCUACAUACAGUCGCUCAAUCCCAACGAUUGCUGUCGCUUCUAUCGCGUUUUCUACUUGUUGAUACUGCUGACGAAUCUGCUGAUACCCUGCUAUGUCAGCCACAACUGCAUCAGCUUGUAUAAUAGUUUCGGUCGCAUUCUGCAUAAUAUACGCUGUGGUUGCGGUCGCAUUACGCCGCAAGAGCUCAGCAUGGUGGUCAUGGAGUAUGCGCUGCAGCUGGAGCAUUUAAAAUUGCGCUUCACCUGCGGCGGUUUCUUCGACAUCAAUCUAAAAUACUUUGGCGGCAUGGUUGUCACCAUCAUCAGUUUCACCAUCAUUUUAAUACAGUUCAAGCUGCAAGCGUUGCUCGACACCAAACAGGCGGCUACGCAACGUAACGGCUAA